AUGACCGUCCGGGACAAGGUGUUCGAUACCCUCGAACUAGCAACACUCAUCGCCGACGAACUCACCCAACACGACCUAGCCCUCUGUUGUCUCGUCAACUUUCACUGGCACAACACCUUCACUCCGCACCUCUGGCACUCCAUUACCGUCCAGAGUCACGAUCCUGCCAAGUUCCUAUCUCCCUCUGGCCGUGCAGGACUUGUUCGAAAUGGACAUCACAUCCGAGUCCUCCGCACCUCCUGCGGCCUCGAAAUCCUUGACCCCUUCGUCAAGUACGGUUUCACCUGCACCAACCUCGUCUGUCUCGACACAGACUCGUCCAGAGCCACAUCGAUUGGAAUCAGGUCAGCGGCUUUGAUUGCGACUGGGCGGAGAGGGUCUGUUGGAACUGGACAGGUGCAAGUUCCUUACGACUUUCACCCCGCACCACCUUCACCUGUAACGUCGCCAUCUACAGCAGUACUGUUCAAAAGAUCACCACCUAACACCACCGUCGACGUCAAUACCCCAACAUUACUGUACGAGGAAGCUGAGACGAUUUUAGUAACUAUCCUCAAGCGCAACCCGCGACUCGAAUUUCUGGUUAUUCAUCCUGACUGGUUGGAAAACGAGGCCGUGGUCAAGGUCAUUGCAGAAGAUCUUCUCGACCUCAAGGAGUUCUAUUCACCAGUCAUUUUCGGAGUCUCACUAAAGCACGGCACUUCGUAUUCACUCUACAAAGAUGGCUCUGGGUGGGAGCAGGGGAGAGGGGGGAUACCAGAGAUCAAGGGACAUAUCCAGUCGGCCAGUGCAAUGCCAGACCAUCUCUCAGAAGCCUACCCGAGGCUGAAGGAAUUGCUGCAAGGGGCGGAAUCAAGCCUAUGCCGGGAAGCACAGGAGAAGCUCAGAUUUGCGGAAAGAGACCUCAACGGCUUGAAUAUAACCGGCAGGUCGCCUGAGGUCGCUCAGAUCAUGAUGGAGAUUCCUACUCUAAAAUCGAUCAUCAUUUCUGGAUAUGGGCGCACUGGCUUUGUCGAUCGCACAACCAUUCCGGCCUUCCUCAAGCACGCACCAACGCUGGAGCGUCUGUGCUUCUUCAGCUGUGGCGGCGAGGGUGAGAUAAUCCGAUCCAUUCUAUGCUCGUGUUCGGAGUUGAAGACGCUCAAGACUAUGUCGGACUAUAGGAGACACCGGCCAUUCGUUGACGAGAUUGAGCUCGACGCACUGACGGUAUUCAAGACCCCUUGGAUCAGCAACCAGCUCGAGGUCUUUGAGUGCAAGAUCGUCAAGAUCUCCCGCCCGGACCUUAUCAUCCAACCCAUGUUCCACCCCGCAACCCUUGCCCCUCUGCAUCCUGGUGCCCAGGCUCCUCCUCAGCUUGCAACAUUCGACCACGACUCGAUUGCUCAACAAGAGAGUCGUUCACUCCAGCGCCGAAUCCUGAGACAACUGGGUCAACUGACCCAUCUUCGCAUUCUUCGCCUGGGCAGUUCUGGUCGCGACUGGGACAAUCCUCAUCACAUGAGGUUGGAGAUAGAGAUGGAGGGUACUCGAACCACGAUGGUGGUCGAUGAAUAUGUUCAGACAACGUGCUUGGAGCUGUCUCUUGCGAGCGGGCUGGAUGAGUUGGCAGGACUGAAGGAUCUGGAAACGUUGGAUGUUACCCAGCUGGCGCAUCGGAUCGGGAUGGCUGAAGUCCAGUGGAUGGUUGAGAACUGGCCAAAGCUGAAGUCCAUUCCUGGUCUGGAGUACACGGAUCACAGUCGCGAGGCUGCACUCCAAGGUGGCAAUGUUGGCGAGAGCCAUCCUGGGGUGGUAGAGAGCGUUCCUGAACAUGUCCGAUGGAUUAGAGAGCAGCUUUGGAGAUCACAAGAAAAAUUCCCCUCCACUUUUGUAUAG